GGAUCCAUAUACUCUUGAUAUGAUGAUUCGCACGAUUCUUCGACCUACGCGCCGGCUACAUUUUGGGAGAUCAGCGGCAGUUCCGUUCGGGAAGACUUUCAGUUCGUCUGUUGCACGAUGGACCCCUUCGGCUCUAUCGAAGGCGGUUAUUGCUGAUCAUGCGCAAUUGGGGGAAUACUACGAGAGUUACCAGAGAAAUACCCACGAUCCUGAUGAAGCACAAAAAUGGGCAAACGCGUUCCUAUGGGAACUUGCACGGCAUGCUAUCGCCGAAGAACUUGUCGUUUUUCCAGCAUGGGAGAAACAUCUCGGAGAAACCGGGACAUUGAUGGCAAAUCAUGAUCGUGAAGAAACGCAGAAGCUCAAGGAGGAUGCCUUCGUGCUGCAACAAAUGGAUGCUUCGUCACCGCACUUCAGGGAUGUGUUCGCCUUACUUUUCAAGAAGCUCGAUAUCCAUGUUAAAGAAGAGGAGAUGGAAGAUUACCCGAGGUUCGAGGCGAUUUUGACGGAGCAGGAGAGUGAGGAGUAUGCGCAGACGUUCAACGAGACGAAGCGAUGGGCGCCGACAAGAAGCCAUCCAAUGGCACCCAACGAGCCGCCAUAUCUUACAGCAGCAUCGGCACUAGCAGCUCCCAUCGACAAGGUGAGGGAUUUAUUCAAGAGUUGGCCAGACACAAGCGGUGACCCAAAGAAUGUGAAUCACGAGUAAGGUAGUUCCAAUAGAUGCUUCAUUUCGUUCAGCGAUGUUCUAUAUCGUACACUUUUCCGCAACUUAAGCGAGGGCAAUGCACUCGAUCUCGACGUCGACGUUC